CGGAGCGCAGGGCGCAGGGCCUGGAGCCGGCGGGGAGCGGGCCGAGUCGGAGCGUCCUUUGUGCCAGGCGGCCGCCCAGGGAUGCGUCCGAGCUAAGAACCAGGUCCAGGAUGGGGGCCUUGUCUGUCUGGGCCUCGGGCCUCCUCAUGUUCCAGCUGCUACUCUUUGUGGUUGGAGAACAGGGCACCCAGCACGCGGCCGCUGCAGAUAAGGGGCUCCACAUGCAGAAAGUGGGGUCCGGAUCGGUGCGGGCCGCGCUGGCGGAGCUGGUGGCCCUCCCCUGUCUCUUCACCCUGCAGCCUCGGCCAGGUGCCACCCGCGAUGCCCCUCGGAUCAAGUGGACCAAGGUGCGGACUGCAUCGGGCCAGCGACAGGACUUGCCCAUCUUAGUGGCCAAGGACAACGUGGUGCGGGUGGCCAAGGGCUGGCAGGGACGGGUGUCGUUGCCCGCCUACCCCCGGCACCGGGCCAACGCGACACUCCUGCUGGGGCCCCUGAGAGCCAGCGACUCCGGACUCUACCGCUGCCAGGUGGUGAGAGGCAUUGAGGAUGAGCAGGACCUGGUGCCACUGGAGGUGACGGGCGUGGUGUUCCAUUACCGAGCAGCCCGAGAUCGCUAUGCCCUGACCUUCGCCGAGGCCCAGGAGGCCUGCCGUCUCAGCUCGGCCACCAUCGCAGCCCCGCGACACCUGCAGGCCGCCUUCGAGGACGGCUUUGACAACUGUGACGCCGGCUGGCUCUCCGACCGCUCUGUUCGGUAUCCUAUCACCCAGUCGCGUCCUGGUUGCUAUGGCGACCGUAGCAGCCAGCCCGGGGUGCGGAGCUAUGGGAGGCGAGACCCGCAGGAACUCUACGAUGUGUAUUGCUUUGCCCGGGAGCUGGGGGGGGAAGUCUUCUACGUGGGUCCAGCCCGCCGCCUGACACUGGCGGGCGCGCGUGCGCAGUGUCACCGUCAGGACGCCGUGCUGGCCUCGGUGGGACAGCUGCACCUAGCCUGGCACGAGGGCUUGGACCAGUGCGAUCCGGGCUGGCUGGCCGAUGGCAGCGUGCGCUACCCGAUCCAGACCCCGCGCCGGCGCUGCGGGGGCCCGACCCCCGGCGUGCGCACAGUCUACCGUUUUGCCAACAGGACCGGCUUUCCCGGCCCCGCAUCUCGCUUCGACGCCUACUGCUUCCGAGCUCAUCACCCCACCCCCCAACAUGGAGACCCAGAGACCCCCUCAUCUGGAGAUGAGGGGGAGAUUCUAUCAGCAGAGGGGCCCCCUGUCCGAGAACUAGAGCCCAAUCUGGAGAAGAAAGAGUUGGUCACUCCUGACUUCCAGGAGCCUCUGGUCUCCAGUGGGGAAGAAGAACCCCUAAUCUUGGCAGAGGGACAGGAGUCUCAAGACACCCCCAGCUCUACCCCUGGGGACCCCAUGCUGGCCUCAUGGCCUACAGAGGAAGUGUGGCUGAGCACGGUGACCCCCAGCCUCAGCGGCGUGGGGACAGACGCUACGGCAGGUCCACACACGGAGGUAGCCCUGACAGAUCCCACGCCUAAGAGGAGGGGACGCUUCAAAGGGUUGAACGGCCGCCACUUCCAGCAGCAGGCGUUGGAGCGAGGGCUGGAGGGGGAGCCGGAGCCUAGUACCCAGCCCCCCACCCCAGAGGCUGCUGGGAAUCACGUGGAACUCCCCUUAGCCACAGAAGCCACGGUGGCCUUGGGAAGUGGUGAGAGCCGGAGCCCCUGGGCUGUCCUGACCAAUGAAGUGGACGGGCCUGGAGCAGGUCUCCCUGGUGGCAGGAACCCCCCCGAUGCCUGGCUGUGGCCCCCGACCGUGGUCCCAUCUGGCCUCUCAGGCCCCAACAGGGCUCCUGGGCUAGAACCAGAGGAAGCCGAGGGCUCCCACGUGAGACCAGCCACCCCUGAACAGUCCUCGUUUCCUUCAGAAGCCACCAUCUCGGCUCCCAGUCCCUCCAGAGACUCUGACACUGUCCCUCGGGAGGCGUCCCCCACAGUCACUUCCGUGGACCUCCCUAUCCUGGCCAUGCUCCGUGCCCCCAAACUGUGGCUUCCAGCACACCCUUCACCGACACCCAGUGACACCAGUGGGGCCGAAGGACUUGGCGAGAUCAUGGCCACUGCCCCACCCUCCCCAGCCUCGGAGACUCUGGGAUAUCCCCCGCUCCCCUCCUUGGGCCGCACCAGAAGUGGACAAACCACACCCACAACCUUGAACAACAUCCAACCAGAAAGUCCCACGACGCCUUGGCAGGCAGCCACGAACGCAGGAGCUGGGGUCAGCCCUCAUUCCUGGACAGCAGGCUUCAGAGAAAUGGGGGAGACCAGCCCUGCUCAGCUCAGCGACUCUGAGUCCCCCAGUUCCAACCCAUGGGCUUUUAUGGACAAAAGCGAGCCAGCCAGUUUUACCCCCACUGCAAAUGGUUCUGAGUCCACGGGUGUCAGAGGCAUCUUGGGCUUCGAGGCUGGGGUCUCGGACGUGGCAGAAAGUUCUACUUCCGGCUUCCACGCGGCUCUGAAUGAUGGACAGGGCACCUGGCCUUCCCUGAGCAGCCAAGGAAUGGAUGCCAGCCUCCCAUCUGCACCCUCGGGGGGCCUCGGAGUCUCCCUGGAGCCUGGAAUCCCCUCAGAUACGGAACCUUGGACUGUGAUGGAUGGAGGAGCCACGGCGGGGCCCCCGGGUUCCCCAGCCCCAGCCACUCUGGAACCCAGGGAUGCAGGUGGGAUUUGGGAAUCUGCAUCCGAGGUGGUCCAGGAAGCUGAAAAUGUCACCUGGAGCCUUCAAGGGGCUGAGAAUGCAAGCGUAGUGACAUCCCUGGUGUCCCUGGACCAGGAGGGCAAGGUGGGGGUCCUGGCCGCGUCCACACUGGCCUCCCCAAGCUCCCAACCUCAUCCAGAGCCAGACGGCGAGAUGGUGACCCAAGAAACGGUGGGAGCUUCAGCCCCUCCGCAUGAAGGCCAACCCCUGCAAAAGCCGGUUCUUCUUCCUUGGACACCGACCACAGCCAGUGUAGACGAGGCUGUCUCGGUUGCCUCAGGGGAGCCCACAGCGCCGUGGGGUUCCCUCAGCACCUUGGGCACAGAGGAGUUCGAGUUGGAAGUCCUGGCAGGGAGCCCAGGUGUGGAGGGCUUCUGCGAGGAGGCGGCGAGUGGAGACGAGCCUGCCCUGCCUGGGACCCCUCCAAACGGAAGCAUGGAGGAAGUCUCCUCGGAUCCCUGUGAGAACAACCCUUGUCUGCAUGGGGGGACCUGUAAUGCCAACGACACGAUGUAUGGCUGUAGCUGUGACCAGGGCUUCGCUGGGGAGAACUGUGAGAUCGAUAUUGACGACUGUGUCUGCAGCCCCUGUGACAACGGAGGCACCUGCAUCGACCAGGUCAACGGCUUUGUCUGUCUCUGCCUUCCCAGCUACGGGGGCAGCCUUUGCGAGAAAGACACCGAAGGCUGUGACCGUGGUUGGCACAAAUUCCAAGGCCAUUGCUACCGCUACUUUGCCCAUCGGCGGGCGUGGGGGGAUGCCGAGAGGGACUGCCGACGGCGAGCGGGCCACCUGACCAGCGUCCACUCCCCUGAGGAGCACAACUUCAUUAACAGCUUUGGACAUGAAAACACGUGGAUCGGCCUGAAUGACAGGAUCGUGGAGAGAGAUUUCCAGUGGACAGACAACACCGGGCUGCAAUACGAGAACUGGCGGGAGAAUCAGCCGGACAAUUUCUUUGCGGGUGGAGAGGACUGCGUGGUGAUGGUGGCCCACGUGCGCGGCCGCUGGAACGACGUCCCCUGCAACUACAACCUCCCCUAUGUCUGCAAGAAGGGAACAGUGCUGUGUGGUGCCCCUCCAGCAGUAGAGAACGCCUCGCUCAUUGGUGCCCGUAAAGCCAAGUACAACGUCCACGCCACUGUCCGCUACCAGUGUGAAGAGGGAUUUGCUCAGCACCAUGUGGCCACCAUCCGGUGUCGGAGCAACGGCAAGUGGGAUGAGCCCCAAAUUGUCUGCACCAAACCCAGACGGUCCCACCGGAUGCGGCGACACCAUCACCACCACCAACACCACCACCAGCAUCACCACCACAAAUCGCGCAAGGAACGCAGAAAACACAAGAAACACCCAGCGGAGGACUGGGAGAAGGACCAAGGGAAUUUCUGCUGAAGCCCCCGGCGAAAGAAAGCACAACCCCCUUCCCACACCUCCUCCGGAGCCUUCACCUGGGGAGACAGAGCCCAGAAUGAA